UAACGCUUCGAACGAUUCUCUUGUUAUUACCUCAACAACCAGCCAAUUCAAAGGUAUGGAUUCCGGAGUUCCUGCAGUCCAAUCCCUCGUCGAAAAUGGCACCGCUCAUGUGCCACAGCGUUUCGUGCGGCCGAUUCACGAUCGCCCAUCCAAGUUUUCCUCGCCAGAUCUCGAUGACAUCCCAGUGAUCAACGCCUCGCAGCUGAGUGACAAGAUCGAGCUCCAGAAGCUGGAUAACGCUUGCCGAGAAUGGGGGUUCUUCCAGCUCACUGACCAUGGAAUUCCACGGGCGCUGAUGCAAAGCGCCAGGGGCGUAAUUCGCGAGUUUUUCAGGCUGCCACAAGAGGAGAAGGAGUCGUACACGGCAUCAUCCACAAAGCUGCGGAGAGAAGGAUAUGGACGGUAUUUCUUACCUUCCAAAGACACCGUGCUCGACUGGGGCGAUGUUUUCUUCCAUGCUCUCCCGCCUGUAGCACUCCCAUGGCCUGUUCAUCCAGCAGAGUACAAAGAAACCAUCCAAGCUUAUGGAGCUCAAGUCCGCUCUCUCGCAUUGAAGCUCCUCGCUGCACUGUCGAGAGCCCUCGGCCAGCCCCCGGAGCUUUUCGGUGACGCCUUCGGGCCAGACGCUCAUUCAUCGCUGAGGAUGAAUUACUAUCCACCUUGUCCGGAGCCGGAUCUUGUGCUGGGAUUAAGUCCUCACUCGGAUGGCGUGGGAAUCACCAUACUGCUCCAGGACGAGGUAGAGGGUCUCCAGAUAAGAAAGAAUGGCGAGUGGAAGCCUGUGAAAUCCAUGCCGGAUGCAUUCGUCGUCAACAUUGGAGAUAUACUAGAGGUGAUGAGCAAUGGAAUAUAUAAGAGUGUGGAACACCGAGCCACUGUAAGCUCCGGAAAUGCACGAAUGUCGGCGGCUUUCUUCUUUUCACCCGGCUUUGAAGCGGUUCUCAAGCCCUUGGUGCCGGACGAAAAGCCUCUCUUCAGGGAGCUUACUUUCCGGGAGUUUAUCACCGCGUAUAUGGGCAAUGCGCUCAACGGGAAGCAACACCUGGAAUAUGCAAAGCUGUAAGCCAGAAGAACUAUGAAAACCAGGAAAGAUAAUAAGUAAUAUCAUGCCGCCUAACUAAUGUUUGAUCACUGGAAGUAUCCAACCAUACUCAAAAGUCAAAGAAAGUCAAUGAAAAAUCAACGUAACCAA